UAGGGAAGUGCGCUGUUUCCUGCUGUUUUCACUGGCUUCCUCCCAAUGGUGUGUGCUCAGGAUUUUGCAUUUAGUCCUGGAAAGCUGCGCAGUUCCUAACCAAGUCUUCUAUUUUGUUUUUAUUUUGAAUGUGCCGACUACAACGCCAUCACAUUUGAAAAAAGCUGCAAUCAGGAGCAGAGCCCCUACGCCAGCCCACUCUGGGCCACUCCGGCCCGCGCCAGCGACCAUUUCAGCAACUCCUGGAAUCUGUCAAGCCAGAGCAUCGGACAUUUAAAGCCUUCUGAGGCCACCUCCCACACACCUGCUUUCUCAGAGUGUAAUCAACACGUGGGAAUCAUUUACAUCAAACAACACCCCACCACUCAUUCCCAUUGGAUCAAACCUGGCAGCAAUGCAGGCUGGUCUUCAGGUAACCAGCAGCACCUCUAUCCAGAUCCUGCCAAAGCCUGGGACUGCAAAAAACACCCUCCAGCCCGUCCUGGCCCAGGCCAUCAUCAAUCCUAAGCGAGGUAUGGAUGGACCACUCCAGACACCACAGCCACCCAGGACCUGCAGCUCACCCGGAUCUUCUGGGAAGUCCAGCUGGAGCUUGGAUGCCAGAGUGGCCGUGCUUCUGGUGACUCUGGCUGGAGCUGUAAUCCUGCUGCUGCUCUACAAACUCCUGCAGCUAAAACACAGGCUGAGGUCGGCCAGGGCGAGGCAUGCGCUGGAGUACUACAGCUUCUACCACACCGCCACCUACACACUCAAACACGCUGCGUCGUGUCAGGACCCGCCGGACAAAAACGGGACGGUCCCUGAAGCUACACCACCUGAGCGAGUCGCAACCCCGGGGACCCCAACUGUUGUCGCCCCGCUUACACCCCCACCGCUGACCUCUCCACCCCCACUGCCACUCCCCCCACCUCCUGUCCUCCCCACUCCACCUGCUGUCCUGGCCUUCCCUAUACCGCUGCCUGUGUUCCACACCACCCCGCCCAGCCCUCACCUGUCGUGGGGCGCCUGCUCGGACGCGGAUGUGUACUCUCGGAUCGGAGCUUUCAGGCCCUCUAGACUCUCCAGUCUCUCCAACCACUCGAAAGUCAUCCUUUUUGAACACUCGUCCUUCUGACCCCCUGAACAUGACUGAAGACAUCAACAAUUUGAGAAGACUGUAAUGAUUACCAAAAAACAUAUUCUACUGAUGGCCUGAUAAUCACCCGGGGAUGAGUUUGAAUGCCAUGAGUACUGUAUACUGUUAUGCACAGUAUACGUGCAGUAUAUUCUUCUUUAAAGGAGCUGUACUCGAUAUUCAGAACAAAAAGUGGGCUGGGAUUCCUUCCACACAGUUCUUACAGACCUGGACCAAUACCAAUAUCCUGACUUUGAUACCGGUUACUGAACGUUACUUUUUUUUAUUCCCAAUUUUCUAAAGUCUCUUUUAACAAAAAGAAAUUAAAACAUUUCACUUCCCGGCACAUAUUUAUUUUAUUACUACGUGAGCCCCUUCUCUGUGCGGAAAGUAGACUUUUUACGUUAGACAGCCAAUCACAAACAUUACAAGACCUUGUUAGAUAGAUAGAUAGAUAGAUAGAUGUUUAUUGAUCCCAAGAAAAAUGGGAAAUUCCUGUGUAACAGCAGCAAAAAUCAGUCACAAAGCAC